AGGGACUAGAGGGAAAGGCCAACCCACACGCAUUUAGGAACUCAUGCAUUCACCCACACCACAUGCUCAUACUUCUAUUUCCUUUAUUCAACACCUGUAUCUUCUUCUCUUUCUUUUUUGUGCUCUUUAAAAAUGAGGGAAGUCAUAAGUCAACCUCGCCUCAUAAUUUGGUCUUGGCUCUUCAAUGCACCACCUCUUUUGUCUUUUUCCCAUUAUUAUUAUUAGUAGUAGUAUUUGGGAUUCCUCCGAGUCUUCUAUAUAAUUCACCGUUCUCCGUCAUUCACUCCUUCACCAUGGGAAACAUGAGGGUGCAUCAGUUGGCACGUGGAAUCUGGGAGCACGAACCCUCUCUCUCCCUUGGCUGUAAGCGCUUACGCCCUCUCGCUCCCAAGCCAUCCUCCGUCUCCUCUUUCGACCUCAAGAGCUUCAUUAGACCAGGUAGUAGUGGCCCUACAAAGCUUGGCCCCUCCAACCAUAAACGCCAUUCUCCUCAGGUGGAAACACACCCCGGAGGUACGAGGUGGAAUCCAACGCAAGAACAGAUAGGGAUUUUGGAGAUGCUGUAUAGAGGUGGGAUGCGAACUCCAAAUGCACAGCAAAUAGAACAAAUCACUGCUCAGCUACGUAAGUACGGCAAGAUCGAAGGCAAAAACGUUUUCUACUGGUUCCAAAACCACAAAGCACGCGAGAGACAAAAGAUGAAGCGUAGCAGCCUUGGCCUUGUCCAUUGUGCAACAAACUCGCCUCCCAUAACUACCAUAACGUUGGAUACUAGGGUGGAAAUAACGGAAAGAUCAGAUGAGGAUAGUCCAUAUAAGAGGAAGUUCAAGAGCUGGUCGUUUGAGUACAUGGAAGAAGAUUGCAGAUCGCCAUGUAAAGAGGAGGAAAAUAGAACUCUGGAGCUAUUCCCGUUGCACCCAGAAGCCAGAUAGGAGGAGUUUGAAACUAGAAAAGAAAAAGAAAUAGAAACCCAAUUACCAUAAGGACAAAAACAC